AUGAUGUCGAACAAGAGCAGAAGCGAUCCGCCCUUCUCCGAAGUCGAGCACUUCGUUCUCGCUUGUAAGCUGUGGCGUCGAUCCCAGCUUGAUAGGCAUCUUUGGCAACCGCCAUGCGCGCCCACCUGGCGCCACGAUGAAGUGGGGUCUGAUCGAGAUCGACCUUUGCUUGAUACUCUCACCUUGUCGCUCAUUGAUGUGCGCCUACCAAAAGCUGCUUCCGUUCUCAUCAAGAGGCGGCGCAUUCUCUCGUCCAGUGGCGCUGCCAUGCAGGCGAGCGCCAUGACAACCGCUUUUCCCUUCACCCACUGCCAUCCACGCCGCCUUCGAGAUCUGCUAAAGAGCGGUGCUGCCUCGAGAAUGCCUCAUACACAGCUCAGUCCGCACGAGCUGUGCGAGCUUCAAGACACGUUCCGUGCUUCUCUACCGACAUGCGACACCGACCCCUGUGUCGCCCAGAGACAUCAGAUCGAACCACUCAGAACAUAUAAGGACCCCCGCGAGCCGACCUUGGCCUUCUCGCCUCUUCUCACGACCCCCAUCCGAUACGAUUGUGUCUUUGCCACAAUGAAAUACCUUCUCUCCCUAGUCGCUCUCGCGACCGCGCUGAACAGCGUCCAAGUAAGCCACGCUGCUGCUGCCCACGCUUCCCUGGAAAAGCGUGCCGCCGACACGAUCACCGUCCAUCUCGACCAAUGCCGAGGUCCGCCUCAGCACUACGGUUCCGGAAUGCUCUACGGAGCUCAGGGCACCAACAGCCCGCCUCAAUCGUACCUCGAGAAGCUAGGCAUCAACUCUGCGCCUCUGAUCACAGACAUCUCGGCCGGUGGUGCACAGUCUCCUACCUCGGGCUGGGGCUCCUCCAAGGCUCACUACGACGCGCGCUUCAUGACCGUCGUGGACGACUGGAAGCGCAUGCAAGCGCUCAAUGGCUCCUUUGUCAUCAAGACCUCGGACCUGUGGGGAGCCGACGCUACCCAGGGACCCAACUUCCCCUUCCCCGGUGACGGCGGCAACUGGGCUUCGUACGAUGCCUUUGUCCAGCAGAUCAUCUCGGACAUCAAGAAGCAUGGCAUGGACGUCAGCCUCAUGACGCAAAUCGAGCUCUGGAACGAACCGGAUCUCGGCAAGGUCUUUUGGGCAAGAAGCCAGGAUCAGUACCUCGAGAUGUACGCUCGCGGUUCCCGCGCCUUCCGCAAGGCAUUCGGGCCCAAGUCUGACCACCACCUGCCUCUGGUCGGCCCGUCGAGCGCCAGUCCCAACCCAAACAACGACUGGUUCAAGAAAUGGCUGUCGUUCGUCCGUGCGAACAAAGACGUGCAGCCCGACAUCUACAACUGGCACCUCGAGGGAGGUGGAACCAAUGACCCGGUGUCGUCUUCGCAGGCCAUGCGCGAUCUGAUCCGACAGUAUGGCCUCGACAUUGGGCUUGGAUUCCAGACCAACGAGUACGGAACGCGCGAGCAGCAGCGGCCCGGCUAUGCGGCCUGGCACCACGCCCGAUACGAGAAGGUCAAGUUCCACGGUAUGCGCGGCAACUGGGCAGGUGGACCUGCUCUGCGAGACAACCUGGCUGGGCUGCUCAUCAAGAAUCCCGAUGGAUCGUACGCCGAGACGGGCGAAGCACACGUCUGGGCCAUCUAUGGAGGUCUUAAGGGCUCGCCGUGUGUAACCCAGGAAGGUCAUGCCCUCGACUCGUACGGCAUCGCCUCGCCCGCCAAGAGGACUGCUUCGGCUCUCGUCGGCAACACUGGCUUCACUGGCACCGCAAACGUCGUCUUCAAGGGCAUCUCUGCGCUCGGUAAAGGUGCCUCGCACCUCCAGGCCGAGGUACAGGUGAUCCCCUACAACCGCGGCGCUGCGGUAGCUGCCCCCGUUCGAGUCGCUACUCAGCCCGUCAACGUAGAGCAGGACACGGCAAGCGUCCAGAUCAACUGGACCAACGCCGAUGACGCCUACCUCGUCACCAUCACUGCAGCCUAA